GGAAGACUUUACUGCCUCUCCCCGUCCCUUUCCGCCCUUUCCGGGACUCAGGUAUGACGACAGGCGGCUGCAGGUGAGGACGCGGCGCGGGGACGUGUCCAAACAUGGGUGGAGAAUGUGAGCAGGUAGACUCAGAGUGGAGAGUCCCUUCUUCAACAGAGACAUUUCAAUAACAGCUGUGGACUUGAACGCAUCUCUACAGGGAGCUGAACCAAACUACACAACUACUGUUGCUCAAGGAGACGAGUCAUAGAAACGUCGUCCCACCAUGGAAACACAGACAGAAACACAAAGGCCUAAUAACGGCCAGCUGAUUUAUGUGCCUCACAAGGACACAAUCCGUCUGCUGGAGGCGUACGUGAAGCGUAGCCUCAGCCUGAAUGACGGGACACUGGGGGUGAAGGCAGGUGGGAGGAAAGACAAAUGGGUGACGAUGCCGAGAAAGCAAAGACGACAUUCCAGCGACCCUUCACUUCACUUAGGCAACGGAUCACCCAACGAGGAGAUCGGCCCAUUUACUGCUUUCGAACCGACCACAGAUGAGCCUGAAACACGUCCCGAGGAGCCGAAGAAACCCACCAAAAAGCUAAAGAAGAAAAACAAGAAGCCGUCACUUUGGAAAAGCUUCCUCGGUUUUUUCUCUCGGAGGAGUAGCAGCGAAGAUGAAGGGCACGAGAGUCCAUCAGAGAUUCCCGAGGCCUCCUCAGGAGAAGAGACCUCGGACACUUUGACCACCUGCCUGCCAAACACUCCAGUUGUUUUACAAAAAAAGAAGUCCAUGAAAAAGAAAUCUUUGAGAAGAAGGUUCUCCAAAAGGCGCCUGUCUUUGACGAAAUCCAUGAGAGUCAAUAAAGAGCGCAACACUGCUGACAUCACUCGAGUUGAAGAUGUCGUCAGCGUGGAAGCGACACCCUAUUACUACGAGAAGGUGUCGGAGGAACUGGAAAAAAUCCUCCAUGAGGUGCAAGAAAAGGAAGUUGAGCGUCUCACUGAUGAGGAAGUAAUCAACAGGAUCAUUGCUCUGACGAAGGUGGAGGGAGAUGCAAUUGAUGACAAGCUGAAAGACAACCCCACCCUGAGCAACUUCUUCCAGGGAAUGACUUACUCUAGUUUCCAGAAGUUGGCCGAUGCAUAUCUGCAGGAAGGAGCCUCGCCGAUCCACAAUCCUCCCACGGUGCUACCGACCGCCCCUGAGCUGGUCAAACUGGCCUACACGCUCGACUUCACGGCCAGGAUAGCCGGACUCUCCAGGCAGAAUGUCGGUUACAUCACUGGCCUCGGAAACCGCUAUCUGCAGGACCGAUUUGAAUACCAGCAGGCUUGUUCAGAUCAUCCCCUGUCGGACAGUGAUGACUGAGAGGCGGCCGUGCAAAAACAGAACCAUUGCUACAAGUGAAGCGUUCAAAUUUUCUCAGCACCACAGAUGUGGUUAAGGAUGUGUUGCAAGCGUGCAUUUCCCCUUUUAGAAGCACAAUGUGACACCUACCAUCAAGUUUAUGCUUGUUGCCAUUUACAGUUGUUUUGUGAUAGAAAACCUGUGUGAUUCUGCUGCAACAGGAAGUUUUCUGUAAAACCGGUUGAAUUGCUUUGGUGGGAUUGAGUUGAUCUUGUUGACUUAAGUCCGUCACUACAAGAUUAAAGCCAAAGUCAGCACAGUCUGACAACAGGGAGCAAUAUCUCAGACUCACACAUAGCUGAUUUUACAAUGACACUAAAAAUGUGAUGGUCUUUUUUUCCUCCAUAGAAUUAUGAUCUUUCUGUACAUUGAUUUGUAACGAUACAAAAGGGCUGUGGAAUAACCUGAUGUAAAUAAGCUAGACACCUUUGUGCAAUAUUUUUUUUAUUUUUUACAUUUCUUAGGAUUUUAAAAAUGAGCAAAGCUUUAAUAGAAGCUGAACUGUGAAAUGUGACAUGAAUGCUGGCAUUCAUAAUACAAACUGAAAUAAAAUAUAUUUAAUUUUAUGCUGAAA